AGAAAGGCGCUCGGUUUUAGGAAACUUGACCACUGAAUUCAUCAUUCUCGUGCGCGCUCUCGAUUCCCUGUUGCUGCGCUGGCAUCUGGCGCGCGCCGCAUCCAGCGGUGUCACGUGAUCAAGGAAAUAGCUGUUCUUUGAAAAUAUGCUCUUUGUAAGAAAGCCUUACGAUUGUAACUUGAAGUACAGACCUAUAAAAUGGCCAAUGUGCACGAAGUGUGUGUAUUUGGUAAGGUAGCGCUUGUAGGCGAGCUGGAAAUGUUUUGGUAGCACGUGAACACACAGCAGUGGCAUGCUGCAGCUUUAGUGGAAGCAGAUGUUUGGAUCUGGUUGCAGUUCUGUCUUGUCAUUCCUCUCCUGGUACGCCUUCGUCUUGAAGUAUGCAGUCCUGGCUGUUUAAGGAGCAUACUUUUGGUCAAGUAAUAUCCUGUGUCUCCUAUUGUUUGAUGAUAUCCAGGAGGAUGACUGUGCAGAGAUGACAAUGGCUCUGAGAAAAUCCAAAUCCUUUUGGAAGAAUACAGGACUUCAAACUUUAAUAGGAAGGUAACCUGUUACAUCAUGAGAAGGGUCUAUCUAAAGGGAGAUGUGCUUUGCUCUCUGACUCUGAUGUUGCUGCUUUUUCUGCUGUUAUAUGCCUAUCAAAGAGUGACUCCCACAUGGGGGACUUUGCAUAUUGAACAUGGGCCAACCAGCUCACGGACCCUCCUCAGUGGAGCAUCAAUGGGACAGCAGACAAAGCUAGUCCCUACAAAAUCUCUGGACAUACCACCUUGCCAGCCUGAAGUGCAGACCAAGUCUAAACCACAGGGACAAUCAAAGGUCAAACCUCAAAAAGCGCGUAGCAAAACAAAGUCAAAAUUUCAGCAGGCCUCAACAACAGCAAGUCUGCUACCAACACAACAUUCUUUUGACUUUGCUGAUUACCUUCGAAAGAAAGACCAGCGGGACUUUAAGAUGCUAAUUGAUCAGCCAACAAAGUGUUCUGAACCAGAAAGCGCCCCCUACAUGCUGAUCGCAAUAAAAUCAGUCACAACAGACUUCGACAAACGCCAGGUUGUUCGGCGUACAUGGGGACGAGAAGGGGUGUUCCAGAAAAACAUCAACAUCAAGAGAGUUUUUCUUCUUGGUGUGCCCCAAAAUCAGUCAGCGCUCCCAUUAUGGGACAAACUUUUGGAAUACGAGAGCCACACUUUUGGGGACAUCCUCUUGUGGGACUUUGAAGACACCUUCUUCAACCUGACACUAAAAGAAAUCCAUUUCUUGCAAUGGAUUAAUGUGAGUUGCCCAAAAACAAAGUUUAUUUUUAAGGGUGACGCCGAUGUUUAUGUGAACAUUGACAAUAUCCUGGAGAUGCUUGAGAGUCAAGAGAUCGAUAAGGAUCUUUUUGUUGGUGACAUCAUUGUCCAUGCGAAACCAAUUCGCAGACGCAGUAGUAAGUACUUUGUGCCUGAGUUUAUUUACGGCCAGGGGAUCUAUCCAUCCUAUGCGGGAGGAGGUGGAUUUGUCAUGUCAGGACACACCGCAUUGAAGCUCCACCUCGCCUGCAAAGAGGUGGAGCUCUUCCCCAUUGAUGACGUCUUUCUGGGCAUGUGCCUGCUGAGAAUUGGCCUUCAGCCGACCCGCCACGAGGGUUUCCGCACCUUCGGGAUUGUAAAACCAUCAGCUGCACCGCACCUUCAAGUGUUUGACCCCUGUUUCUACAGAGAGCUGAUGGUGGUACACAGCCUGACUGUCCCCCAGAUUUGGCUCAUGUGGAACCUUCUGCAUGACCCUAACCUUCGGUGUCACAGGAGUCAGGAUCCCACAGUUUUUCCCUUUCAGUGGAGUGAAAAAAUUGGCAAGACGGCUAGAAACAAGGCAGAGGAGAAUCUAAGGAAUAAGGACUAUGGGAUGAAAGUGUUUGUGGAGCAUUAACUCUUCACUGUACUGUGACUAGAAGGAGCCCCGUUCAUACUGCCUUCAGCUGACCAGCCAUGAGGGUUUCCGUAAUUGCGGGAUUGUGAAACCAUCAGCUGCACCGCACCUCUAGGUGUUUGACCCCUACUUCUAUAGAAAGCUGAUGGUGGUGCACAGCCUGACUGUCCCCUAGAUUUGGCUCAUGUGGAACCUUCUGUAUAACCCUAACUUUUAGUGUCACAGGAGUCAGGAUCCCACAGUUUUGCCCUUUCAGUGGAGUCAUAAAAUCGGCAAGAUGGCUAGAAACAAGGUAGAGGAGAAUCUAAGGAAUAGGGACUACAGGAUGAAAGUGUUUGUGGAGCAUUAACUGUACUGUGACUAGAAAGAACACCGUAAAGACUGAUCCAAUGAAAAAAAGCCAACAGGCGAGCGUCAAGUACUUCAGUUCAUAUGGGGAUAAGAAAGCGUGUUCAAGAUAGAAAUAAACAGCCAGAGUUUUUCUUCUGUUUUUGGACAAGUUUUGGAAUACGGGAGCUACAUUUUUGGUCACAUCGUCUUGCUUGAGAAUCUCUCACCACAAGCAUUUGUGAUGUAUAAACUACACUACCUGACAAAAGUCUUGUCGCCUAUCCAGGUUUUAGGAUUGACAAACAAUAACUUGACUUCUAGUUGAUCAUUUGGCAUAAGAAGUGGCUUAUGUGAAAGGCAAGUCCUCUAGUUUACACUUAUUUUACCAAAAUAAAUUAUGACCACGCCUUGAUUUUUAAUUAUUUAAUCAGGACAGUAAGGUCUGACUUUAUUUAGGCAAAAGUCUUGUAACUUAACAGAAAUAAUGUACAGUA